AUGGAAAAAUUAGCAAAUAUAACUCAAACAGAUAUUAAUAAUGGUGUACUUAAUCGUAUGCUUGCUAAUGCAGGUAUUCCUGAUGUUCAAGAAUAUGUCAAACAUUUUCAUCAAGAAACAGAAGAAUUACUAAUAGAAGAAUUCGAACAUUCCGAUAGAAAUAAUGCACAUAAUGAUGAACAAAUCGUUUCUUCAACUGAUAUUUAUGGUUGGAUUACAGGUUUACGACCUCGUCUAGAUGAUCCUAUUCAACCGUCGUUACCUAAACAACAACAAAAACAACAGCAAUUACCAGCUGAUGUUCAAAGUUGGAUUACUGGUUUAAGACCUCGUUUGGAUGAUUCUAUUCAACCGUCAUUACCCGAAGAAAAACAACAACAACAAUUACCAGCUGAUAUUCAAGGUUGGGUUAAUGGUUUAAGACCUCGUCUUGAUGAUCCAAUUCAACCACCUUUACCUAAACAACAAGAACCACAAAAACAACAACCAACAGAUCUCAAAAGUUGGAUGCAAGGAAUGAUACCUAAUGAUAUGUAUUCAUCUACGGGAAAUACUGCACCAGAAAUAACUACCACUUCCAAUGAUGAUGCUACUGUAACUGGUAAUCUAGGAACUUGGCUUAAUGAUUGGUCAAAAAGUCUUGGUGAACAACCACCACCAAAAUCUUUAGAUGAGUGGUUAGUAAGUUUAAUACCUAAGGAUAUGCAUGAACCUAUUGGAAAAGCAAAUAAUUCUAAAGCUCGAUUAAAUAGUUACUUGAAUGCUGCUGAAAAAGUACUUUCUGAACAUGGUUAUGAUGUCUCCAAUGAAGUCACACCUCCUACUAAUAUUCAAAGUAAAGUUGGAAUGUUGGAUAAUGUUAGACAAAUGUAUUUUCUUUGGAAAACAUUAGAUAAAAAUAAUGAUAGAAAAAUAACAGUUGAAGAUGUUCAAAUAAUGCUUCAAGAGAUGGGUCUUGGUUUUCUUAGUAAAUAUGUAGGUCAAACAUUGUUUGACAUGGUCGAUUCAAAUCAUGAUGGUACACUUCAAUUUCGUGAUUUUAUUGCAUUAAUGAGCAUUAUCAAACAAUUAAUUAGCGCUGUUGGAUCAGCGAAAACAAACGCAUAA